AUGAAGACUCGAACACACUAUGCAACACUUGGGCUGGCCCCAAACGCAACACCGGAAGUCAUAAGUGCAGCGUACAAAGCCCUGGUGCUGAAGUACUUCGAUGAGCUCCCGGAGAUGGCCGGUGCUGAGGGCGUUGCGCGUGCUGCUGUGCUUGAUGAAAUUCAUGAAGCAUUUAAUGUCUUAGACGACCAGAGCCAGAAAGCUGUCUACGACGCUGAGCAUGCAGGGAAGGAUGACGAGGUCAUCGACGAAGCGUCUGCCUUUCACCAUCUUCCUCACUCUACACAGGAAGACUGCACAACAGCACCUACGACAGAGGAGCAGAAGAACUCGAUGCGCGCUCGGGUACGUGAGCAAGUUAAAUACUGGCGAGUGCUGCGCGAGAAACGUCGCAAGGCUGAGGCACGUCUGAGUGUAAACGAGCUCAAGAGCCUGGUGGAGAUCUGGAAAGAAGCCGAGCUCGAGAACGCAGCCGACCCUGUGAUGAAGGCUCGAUGUGCCACCGCCACUUACGAAUACGUGGAUGAGCUGAACUCUCGUGAGCGAGAGCAUGAGGAGCGACCAGCAAAGGCUUCAGCACCCAGGCGGACAGAGAUGCCUACAACGCCAAUCGCGAAGAAACAUCGUCCGAAGACACCAUGUGCGCCCACAAAGUCAAUUGCUCCUGCACGCAUAUCGUCAUCGAUUAGAUCAGAUGUUGCUGCCCAAAAACCCCGUUUUGAUGCAUCGCCGACACCUGCACCGUCCUCUCGUGUAGGCGCGCGCGCCGCCGAGCUUGAACGGGCCGAAGAAAAGCGGGUCGAAGCAACCAAGGGUGGAGCCGAAGCCCGCAAGGAACGGAAGGCCCAGAUUGAGGCGGCCAAGCAAGCCGCACUUGAGAAAAAGGCGGCCGCUGCUCGUGCCUUCAAAGCGGACCUGAGAGCGGCAGCUGGCGAACGGGAUCGUGCGAAGGCUGAGCACAUCGCAAAAGCUCGAGCCAAGGUCCGCGGAGGACCAGUUGACAUCAAUGAUGCUACUGGUAAUUUUGUCGCUUCUGGAGAACAAGAGGGUAUGUUGUCGCAUGGGGUUGAUGCCUCCGAUGAGGGUAUGUCGGAAGACGUCAAGCUACAAGCGGACAAACGUUUCGAUGCAUGUGGCACCGAACACAGUGACCUCUGUUACUGA